UUGCUCUUACGAUAGAUGCCGAUGGAAGAGAAGAUCGAACUCUUAAAAUGUCUAAAGGAAAAAAUUCGCAACGGGGAAGAUAUGAUAGAUCGACUGAAGAUUAUGGAGGAGGUUAAUGGGGUUGAUAAACUUGUGCGAAAGAUACAGCAAGAGAUAAGAUUCUUAAAAAAGGUACAAUCUACAGGAAAUGUAAAAAAAGAACAUCUACUAAGUACAAAUUUGAUUCACCUUGACGCAAUGGUGAUGCGUCUAUUUAACUCCAAAGAACCAAUCAGCGUAAUGAAGCCUUUUAAAUACGAAAGAUCAAGAUUGGAGGUAGACAUCGUCUGUAUAAGCGGAGGAUCUUGGGUUAAAGUUAUUGCUAGAAAUGCUAGAGCUCUUACUUUGAUUUCGCUUGGCAAUGGUGAAUAUGGUCAAAAAUCUGUCUUAGAUCAAGCAGAAUCCUAUUUGCAAUGUGCCAAGCACCAUCCACACUUAUACAAGUCACCGGAAAUUGUAUUUUACUUUGCAUACGGCAUAGAAAUGGUAUUAGCAAAACGCUUGGAAUCCAUGGGUAUUGUUGUAGAAGGUGAUAGAAUAAAUAGUCAUGAAAAUGAAAGUAAUGAGAUAGAAACAGAUGAAACUCUAUUGGUUUCCCGUCUUAAGGGAGAGACACAAAUUGAAGAAUUCAAAGAAAAUCCUGUUCUUGAUAUGGUAAAUUUAAGUCCAGCAACAAUUACAGAGGAAAUUCAAAUUUUGAAUUUAGAUGUUUCAACGUUACUGGCAUAUGUUUCUAAUAUGACAAAUGGAUUCGAUCAUUUUAUAUACAGGGAACCAUUAUUAACGCAACAAGCUGAAAUGGAAAGAAAAAGACCUGUUAAACCCAUAUUAGAUAAAUUAUUUAAAGGAAAAACCUUUGUUAUUUGUCGAACUGCUUAUGACAACUUUAUGAAUAUCAUAGAUGUAAUUGGUGGUCCUAAAGAGACAUUAAGAGCACACGAGUUAUUAAAACGAGUGAAAAUUGUAGAUGAUGUACAAACAGGCAGGAUUAUAGAACAAUUAAGUUUAGGUGGAAAAAUUAAGGAUAGAUCGCGAUUAGUUUUCGCAAGUGGCGAAAAUAUGAAAAGUAUUACUGUUUCUGCAAAUGAAGGUUUCGUUAGAGCAGCACGAAUGCAGGGCAUUGAGUGUACCGUCUUCUUACAUGAACCAAGAUCUCUCUCUGAAAUCAAAGAACACUAUGCUAAAGAAAUCGAUAAAUUUUGAUAUUAAUUAUAUAUUUUUAUUUAUACCAUAAAAACAUAAAUAUUGCAUUAAAUGUUCAGUUUUGUAAUAUUUAUCAAAGUAUUUUUUUUCUUAAUUAUAUGAUAAAAUUUUGGAAUUAGACAAUGAUUAAUUAUUACUGUUAUACUUAUUAUAGAAAAAGGAUUUAGAUAUCGUCUUGUAUUUUAGACAUCGUCGAUCGUCUAUUCAUCGCCUAUUGUAUCUAAAUCUUUUUCGAAAUCUGCAAUAAUAAAUGAAAUUUAUAUCCUGUAAAAAUGUAUAAAUUUUCUGAGAAAAAAAAAGAUAAAUAAAAAGUAGAUAAUACCAUCAAUGAA